GCUUCCGGCGCUCGCCCGCGCGUUGCGCCAGGGGCGGAGCCACACGGGAAGCGGAGGCGGAGGACUGCCACCCUAGGAGCCACGCGGCCGGGGUGAGGACGGAGAAGUUGCCGAAAGGAUGAGAUGCAAACGUUGGAGAGGCACAAAGCCAAGUGAGGCUUACCAAGAGGGUCUUCACGGAGAAUGUGAAUCUUCUGAUGCAGAGAGAAAGGUAUAUAUUUCAUAGCUCAGCCAUGGCUCGUGGUCCCAAGAAGCAUCUGAAGCGAGUGGCAGCUCCAAAGCAUUGGAUGCUGGAUAAGUUGACCGGUGUGUUUGCUCCUCGUCCAUCCACCGGCCCCCACAAGCUGAGAGAAUGUCUGCCUCUUAUCAUCUUCCUAAGGAAUAGACUUAAAUAUGCCUUGACAGGGGAUGAAGUAAAGAAGAUUUGCAUGCAGCGCUUCAUUAAGAUUGAUGGAAAAGUCAGAACUGAUAUAACCUACCCUGCUGGCUUUAUGGAUGUCGUCAGCAUUGAGAAGACAGGAGAGCAUUUCCGUCUGAUCUAUGACACCAAGGGUCGCUUUGCUGUUCACCGUAUUACACCUGAGGAAGCCAAGUACAAGUUGUGCAAAGUGAGAAAGAUCUUUGUGGGCACAAAAGGGAUCCCUCAUCUCGUGACCCACGAUGCUCGCACCAUUCGCUACCCUGAUCCACUCAUCAAGGUGAAUGACACCAUCCAGAUUGAUUUGGCGUCUGGCAAGAUCACCGAUUUCAUCAAGUUCGACACUGGUAAUCUGUGUAUGGUGACCGGAGGUGCUAACUUGGGAAGAAUCGGCGUGAUCACCAAUAGGGAGAAGCAUCCCGGCUCUUUUGAUGUGGUUCACGUGAAAGAUGCCAACGGCAACAGCUUUGCCACCCGGCUCUCCAACAUUUUCGUUAUUGGCAAGGGCAACAAGCCGUGGAUUUCUCUUCCUCGAGGAAAAGGAAUCCGCCUCACUAUUGCUGAAGAGAGAGAUAAGAGGCUGGCGGCCAAGCAGAGCAGUGGAUGAAAUGGUCUCUAGAUGACAUGUUGGAGAAGUCUGCUUAAUUAAAGAUAAGAGUGUGAUUUAAUAAA